AUGGAGCUGCAGGUCUUCUACAGGGCACUCGGGCUCUCGCUCGUCGGCGGCCUCAGCACCGCCCUCGGUGCGCUGUUUGUGGUUUUGAAUCCUGCCCCUAACCUUAAAGUGCUCGGGCUUCUACAGGGUUUUGCUGCUGGACUUAUGCUCAGCAUCUCCUUUCUAGACUUGGCACACAAUGCCCUGAAUUCUAUUGGCUUCUUGAAGGGGAACCUCUGGUUUUUUGGAGGAGUUCUUUUCUUCGGUUUCAUUAUUAAGUUUAUUCCAGAGCCAAAUUUUUCGCUACCAGCUGAUCCAAAUGAGAAAAAGGCUGAUGAUGGUGGAACAGGUAAAGAUAUGAUGAGAAAACAUCGCCGGCAAGUGUUAUUCAGUGGUAUUAUCACUGCUGUUGGAAUUGUCUUGCAUAAUAUUCCAGAGGGGAUGGCUGUAUUUCUUGGAUCUGUCAAGGGUCUUCAUGUGGGUCUGAACUUGGCUGUUGCUAUUGCUUUACAUAACAUACCAGAGGGGGUUGCUGUAGCUCUUCCAAUCUAUUUUGCUACCAAAAGCAAAAAGCAGGCAUUUGUUGUGGCAGCCGGCUCUGGUUUGGCCGAGCCACUAGGUGUUAUUGCUGUAGCUUUCUUGUUUCCAAGCAGUUUGAAUCCUGACAUUCUUGAAGGCCUACUUGGAUCUGUUGGUGGUGUCAUGGCUUUCCUCACUUUGCAUGAAAUGCUACCUCUUGCAUUUGACUAUUGUGGCCAGAAGAAAGCUGUCAAAGCUGUCUUUGUGGGCAUGGCCUGCAUGUCUGCAAGCUUGUACUUCUUGGAAGUCAGCUUACCAAAGGAGAUAAGCUUGUAG